AGUCUUACUGUAUGGUGGGGCACUGGUGGCGUCGCUGUGGGGAGUGGGUGCUGCUCUCAGGAUGUUAUACAUCAGUUGUUAUGGAAUUGGGAUUUCCCGCCUUUCAGUUCAGGACCCCUUUGCAGUGGUGACUGCAUCCGCUGAAAAAUCAGAAUGUCAGCAAGAAUACUGUUGAAGACGGCAUUGCAAUCACAGAAUUUCCAGUUUGCUCGACUGUGUAGCCCAAUUUUGUCAUAUAUCAUGCAGCUUCAUCUCUGCAUGCAGUGUCCGUGUGUGAAGAGACCUUCUGGUAUACUGAAAAAGAUUGGAAAAGCUGUGUACUCUGCUAAUUUUAUGGUGUAAAUGAGUUCCCCUUCUCUUGAAAUGUUAGCCGUGUUAGCACAACAUAAGGAAACGCAUUACACAAUCUUCUAACGGAGCCAGCCUGGAUCAUUUGUUGGCAGUACAUAUUGGCUGAAGUCAGUUUUCAUUUCAAGAUGUUUUCUUCCAAUGGGCUUUUGGUGUAGGAUGUUGGAGAACCAAGAGCAGGAGGAGGUGAUCACUGUGCGUGUUCAGGACCCCCGCGUGCAGAAUGAGGGCUCCUGGAAUUCUUACGUGGAUUAUAAGAUAUUCCUUCAUACCAACAGCAAAGCUUUUACUGCUAAGACAUCCUGUGUGCGUCGCCGCUACCGAGAGUUUGUAUGGCUGAGAAAGCAGCUACAGAGAAACGCUGGUUUAGUGCCUGUACCUGAACUUCCUGGGAAGUCAGCCUUCUUUGGCAGCUCAGAUGAAUUCAUUGAGAAGCGACGACAAGGUCUGCAGCACUUUCUCGAAAAGGUCCUGCAGAGUGUGGUCCUUCUGUCAGACAGCCAGUUACACCUCUUCCUGCAAAGCCAGCUCUCGGUGCCUGAGAUAGAAGCCUGUGUCCAGGGCCGAAGCCCCAUGUCCGUUUCCGAGGCCAUUCUUCGCUAUGCUAUGUCAAACUGUGGCUGGGCCCAGGAAGAGAGGCGGGGCUCCUCUCACCUGGCUGAAGGAGACCAGCCUAAGAGUUGCUGCUUUCUCCCAAGAUCGGGCAGGAGGAGCUCUCUCUCACCGCCUCCCGGGGAAGAAAAGGACAGUUUCGAGGUGUGGGCUCCUGUUGUUGACUCUGAGGCUCCUUCCUGGGAGAGCCCCCCUCUCCCACCUCCCUCCUUUCCGUCAUGCUGUGGUUCUGCAAGACCUGAUGAGGGACUCUCUGCUCCUCAGCCCGUGAGGAGGGCCAUGGGAGGGGACCGUGCAGUGCGUUUCGAUCCUGGUCCGUUGGAAACAGUUUUGGAAAAGUGAGCUCUGCUUGGAGCUCUGGGUUCUGCUCUGAGGUGGAUGAAGGAGAUGUGGGCCGAGAGACUUGCUCUGGUGGGGCUGGGCCUAGGCCAGUGGUGGGAAGGCUGGGCUGCUUCGUGUCUUACCGUGGCCUCUGCUCGCGUUGGUGGCAUGGAGGUCGGUGACAACUCGUCAAGCUUCUUCCAUAGAAACAGACACUGUGCGGAUGUUUAUAAGUUAAGCACAAGGCCCAGGGGUUGUUGGUUCUGCACCAAACCCCAUAUUUACUCUCCUGGGAGCUGAAUUUCUUUAGAUGUUUGUUAACAGGCCUAGGAGCACUGUCUCAGGUGACUGGUUUUGGGGACCUGUAGGUGGCAGAUUUUAAGCUGCCAUAUUGAAUAUUGUUCAACAGAAAUGCUUGUGUCAUUGUAUUCCCGCUGGCUCUCUUUUUGCUGCAGCCCCUGGAGCACCUGGUUUCUGGGAGGCUGGCCUCUUGCCUACCUCCUUGCAUGGACAGGGGGGUGAAUAUCCUCCCACCUCCUUGCUUUUCCUCCACUAAUACCACUGAAUGGAAUGGUGCUGUGACUCCUGUCACUGGGGUUUCCUGCCCAUCCCAGGACCUCGGCCUGGCUUUAUGGGGCCAAGACCCAUGAAAUAGCUCAUGGCCAUCCACGAAAGAGAAGGGUUUGGUCACAGCCAUAGGAAAGGGACCGGUUCAGGGGCUCUGUUUUGGAAGGGAUGCCCUGGGCUGUCGCCGUCUCUCUGGUUAUAAAGCGGAGACGCGUCUGUCUUCUCUGCAGGGUAAGCAGGGUCUCCUUUCUUUUUUUGAAUCCUUUUCUUCUCCCUUAGUAACAGCUCCCUGCCCCCAGGCUUCAGCCACCGCGUGUCCCUCUGCUGUGUUGUUGCCGUAUGUUCAAUCCAGUGGGGUGCGGGGGCUUUGUUUCUGCCUGGAGAGAGGGCUCUGGGGAUGGAGAUGAGGAACAACACGCCUUCCUUCAGACAAUGAGGCAUUCUGCCCUCCUGCUGCCGUAAUUCUCUCCUCCGAGAGCCAGAGCUGGUAGGAGGUGAGUGCGGCUGGCAUUCUGCCCUGCCCUUGGGUUUGUGUGUGUGGUUCUUCCCCUUCUCGCCCGCUUCUCCCUCCUCUGGCCAUCGCACCCUGUCUCUGGGCUCUUUUACUACCAGCCUGUGCUGUGGGACUGUCAUGGCAUUUAGUUCAGAGUUGAGGGGUUUUGUCCUGAAAUAAAAUUCAAGUAUUUAA